AUGAACGGAUUCAGGAACCUCACGCCAUCUUUGGCUCUCUCCAUAUGCUUAUUUCUUUCUGCGAGAGGAGUACACGCCCACGGUCACGAUAUGUCGAAGAUACAAGAAGGAGAGUUUGCCAGCGAGGACCCUAUUGAUGCUAUACUAUGGGUGCACAUUUUGCUGCAGAUGGUGGCCUUUGGCAUCAUAUUCCCGACUGGAAUGGUUCUUGGGGUAUUGCGAAAUCGAUGGCAUGUACCGACACAGGUGGUGGGAACAGUGAUUGCGGUCGUAGGAUACUUUCUCGGCCACAUGCAUAAAGGGAGGGUGUUUGCGAAAAAUGUCCAUGCAUCUUUCGCCAAUUGGCUCAUGCUGAUGCUUAUUGUCCAAGUCGUCUUUGGAAUCUACCUCAAAUUCCAUAUCACCAAAGGCUUCCACGGAAAGAUUCGAAAGGUUGCUGUUGUGGGACAUGGAAUUGUGGGCAAGGCAAUGCCUGUGGUAGCUUGGGUACAAAUGCUCUUCGGAGGAAUCGCAGCCUUGGGCUUCUGCCGUGAAGACCAUCUUGGCCAGUGUCUUGCUCACUUCAUUAUGGGUAGUGCUUUCAUUGGAUACGGCGUUAUCCUUACGUUGAUUAUGCUGGUUGGGCAGGUCUGGCUGAAGAGAACAGGAAGGUCACAAGAAUUCUUCGACUCUGCACUCAUUGCUGCAUGGGGUUGUGUCAAUACCUUCACAGAACACAGUUGGGGCGGACCUUGGGUUGGGAAUGAUAUCCAACACACAACUAUGGGUGUCAUUUGGUGGUGUGCAGGUCUUGCCGGUGUUUGGCUGAGCAGGAGGAGGGAUGGAUCACCAAAGAGAAACUUUAUUCCGGGUUUUGUCAUCCUCAUCACUGGCUGGGCUAUGUCAGCACAUCCUCAACAUCUGCCGCUCAGCACAAUGGUCCACACGAUUUUUGGCUACACACUCAUGGCCGCUGGCUUGUCGAGAAUCAUUGAGGUGGCUUUCGUCCUGAGAGACCAAAAUACCAUUUCUGCAGAUGGUGAUGCAAACAGUUUUCAGUAUAUACCUCCAUUUUUGCUGUACGCCUCUGGCUUCCUAUUUAUGGGAGCUACCGAAGAACAGAUGCAGCUCAUUUCUGAUGCUGGCAUAACACACGUUUCCUACAUCCUCGUCCUUUACAGCUUCGCGUUCCUGGUCUUCCUUUUCACCAACAUGCUCAUCCAUCUUUAUGCCGUCAAUUCUGUUCCUCCUGUUCCACCGAAAGACGACGAACAAGCACCACGAUUGUCUCGCAUGAAUGGACACACAAGAGCUACAGACUCGAGACAAAUUCGAGAUGCUGAGGAGUUUGAGCUAGAGGGGUUGAUGAGUGAUGACGAGCACCCUGAGAGUCCGAGUACGUUAGGGAAGAAUAACGAGGCUCGCGUGGAAUAAAUACAUUUGGAUGGCGGUUGACGCUUGAGUUUCAUUAAAGCAUGGGAGGCAUGGCACCAGGCGUUUUUGUAUAAAAGGGAUACUGAUUUAAUUUACAUAUCGAAUGUAGAGAUCAAA